AGUACAACACGCUGGGAGAAAGAGAGCAUAAAAAACAGAGAAAUAAAGUGUUGUAUCCUGAGGUCAAAGGUCAAAUGUGUGCGUCACAUGGUUCCAACCAGGAAAUGGAGAAGUAGUAACAGUCCAGUCGCUUCCUUCAUUUGGAACAAAGCUUUUCAGACUUCAGUGAACCGACUUAUCAACGAUGAUAAGAAACCAGGUGGAACAUGACAUCACCAAAAUUAUGGACUGUCACAGUGGGAUCACCAUGGAGCUCUUCCUGCACAUGUCACUCUUACCAGCAGUGUUGAUUGUGGGGGUGCUGUCGUUCCUCCAGAAAAGAGCCCAGACACUGGCCAUCGACCACAGACUUCCUACCUUCCUGGGGGGACGUUUUGCCAUUGUGGUGCCUUUGGAUACUAUAGGCAGCCUCAGUAAUCGUUGGUCCUAUGGGUUUGCAUUCGGCGCCGUGUCCUCCAGCGUCCUGCUGCUCUUCUCUGAACGCUACAUCCCCUUCACUGUCCCGCCCUGGGCCAGAGCUAUAGUGUAUCUGGUUGGAGCUUUAGAGGUGGGCCUGGUCUAUUUCCCUUUCUUUGCCUGUCUGUCCACACCUUUCAGAGCACCUGGGGCCGUGCUGGGAAUCCUCUACUCUCUGUCCUGGAUCAUCGUUACAGUCUGGGAUUCAUUCACCUGUCCCAAUGGUAAGAUUCUGGGUAAAUACCAGAAGGUGAUUGUCCAGUGGCCCUGCAUCCUCUCCCUCAUCUUCCUCUUGGGACGAUUUAUCUACAUUCUGGUUAAAGCUGUUCGAAUACAUCUGCAAGUGGAGCAGGAGGACCCCGAGGAGCUGAUUGAGCAGCACCAGGUGCAGCAUGUUAAGAGACUGCUGCAGAAAACACCUGCACACAGUAAGCCCCUCAGCUGGUUCCAGAGCCGAGUGUAUGAGUGGGACCCUCACUUCAAGUUCCCCAACAGGAUCAUCGGCACCGUCAUUAUAUCCCUUAUAGGCCUGUAUACGAUGACCCUGGCAGACUACAGUCUCAGUAAUGUGGCGUUUGACGAAGUAGACCAGUGGAAGGAUACACUAAAACAGAUGGUUAACCUUUCUAACGAGACUGAAGCUCUGGCAGCCAUGAUACCACCGCUGGAAGAAUUCAUCGGCGUGGCUCGGAAGUCUUGGCUAGCUACCACCAUCUUUGCUAGUCUCAACUCUGUAGCCUAUUGCGUCCACGUCUUGGCAUGUUACAGAAAACACUUGAAGAGGCUGUGGAAAGGGCAGAAGGGUUUCCUUCCUGAGAAGUUUCACAAGCCUAGCUCUGCUUUAAGCGUAGCUUCCAUCGCAAGAUACUCUGGUUGGCAGAUUGCGUUUACACUGUGGGGCUACCUGAUUGUCCAUUUUGUCCACUUCGUGUUUGCUCUGCUGUUGGUCUACACACUGGUUCUUCCUAUACAGCAAGGAAAUGCACUGAGCAUGCUCACCAACCUGGGGAUUAUACUUCUGACCAUCGGUCUGGUCAUCGGGCUGGUGAUUCUCCAGGUAGCUCUGGUUCAGAUCUUCUUCCUCCAGGACAAAAUGUCUCCUACUGACAAACACAAACCUCUGGCCCUCAACAACCGGAAGGCGUUCCACUGCUUCAACUACUUCUUCUUUUUCUACAACGUGGUGAUGGGGGUCAGCAACUGUAUAUUGAGAUUGCUGUGCAGCAUUGUGAUGGGAACGUGGCUGGUGUCGCGCAUAGACCGGACCAUUAUGCAGAGAGGAUAUGAAAGCAUGGAUGCUGGCUACAGUACUUGGAUUGGGAUGAUCUUUGCUGACCACUAUCAUAACAAUCCAGUCAUGGUGUGUUUCUGCCAGCUGUUGGUCUCCAACUCGCUGGAGAGACACACUGCAUCUGCAUACUGCACAUUCAACAACGUGGCAUCUGAAUCCCCUAAGAACAGCCAUGCCAGGAGGCGUUGGAUGUUAUUUUAUACCUUGCUGAGGAACCCUCAUCUGAUCCUGCUCAGAAAGCACCACCUCUCCUCAUCUUCAUCAAUACACACAUCAUCAUCAUCGUCUCCUCCCUGGUCAGACACAGUGGUGCAGGCUUGCGUCAUGGCGUAUCAAACCCAGAGCUGGCGAGCAGAGUCACCGUCACCACCAGAGAUUAUAGUCACACCAGCAGAAGACUGUUAAAGAAACAUUUCUCUGUAUAUUGUGAUCAUGUUAAAAAAAAGAAAAUAAUAAGGGUUGGAAUCCAAAAUAGUUUUGGAUGUUUUUUCAAAAGCUGUCAUUUCAAAAAGUCUUGCAUUAACAUAUGGCUGACAAGUUAAUAUUAUCAACCAUUAGGCCACCUUUCUAUCAGCUCAGAAGGGGCAUUCAUCCUUAGUCAUUAUUGGAUUUGACUUUAAGAAACGAUGAGAACUUUACCACAGAUUGAUUGUAUUUGCAUUUAAGUACAUUUUUAACUGCGGUACAUUAUAUAGGCCUAGACACAGUCAAGGAUAACUGUGAACUUUUGUAAAUAGUCACAAUAAUCUCUGUAGAAUCUAUUCUACAAAUGGAUGUGGUGCACUACAGCUGCAUGGCCAUUUUCUGUCUAAUAAUGUUAAUUUUUUUUAAAUCCUGUGAGCUACUGUACACCACAAACUGUUUGUCAUGCUAGGUUUGUGUAGUAAAAUGUAACUGUUUAUAAAAAUGUUUAUGCAAAGCUGCUGUAUAUUCUCAUUAAUCAUUUGGUGGCAUAUGCAAUUAGUAGAUCUCUGCUUAAUAUAUUAGGCCUGAAAACAAGAAAAUCUUGGUAUUUGGAAGUUGGAAAUAUUCAGUUGGAAAUAAAAAGAAAAUGGUAAAAAGCUG